UGCCUCAUUUUUGUUGUCUGUGACUUUAUUUUCCUUUGUUCAGAAUACCCACGGGGCUUUAUUUCUGGUGUAGAGAACAGUGACACAAAUGCUUUAUAAUUCACAAACUCCCAUACGUUUAUUGAGGUGAAGCUUAUAGCACGUAUCAACAGGUAGAAAUGUGAGGACUCAGAGGAAUUUCUGUAUGAAAGGAAACAGGCUGCUGGGCUGGGGGGGUGAGGAAUCACGGCAGAGGGGUUAUCGGAAAAGCAAAGGGAAAGGACUCACCAGCAAAGUUGAAGACACUAGUUGUAUGGAAGGACGUGUAUGGUUCUUUAAAAAACUGAAUGCUACUUUUAAUUUAAGUAAAAUCUGAAAAGUGGAAACCUGUCUUGGAAGAGAUUGCCAAAUAUUAAAAGUUGAGUGACUAGAACUAGAGAGGAACAGAUGUUUUUGGUGAAGGUUAGUUAUCUCUCACUUAAUAAGCCAGCAGGAAUCUGUAUGAAUACAACACGCCUCAUUGGCAAACAGGGAGACCUAAUGUGUUUGCUUAGUUGUGUGUAGAUACGCUUAGCUACCCCACAUAAAUGUGGAGUCGGAAAACUAGGCCCACGUUAACAGAUGUGACUUCGUUGUAAGAUUUUGAAUCUGGAAAAGAAGUCACUCUGAAUGAGGAUCACACGUGUGACCUUCGGAAGCAGUCUUGAUGGGUUGCAGAGAACAUGGGGCAAAAACCAUCACAACAGUUGGCUCUGAAAGAUGGCACAGAGGUUUUCAGCGUCGGUGAGGUUGUCAGUGAGGCGAUAGUCCAUGCGGCUGAGAAACUGAAGGACUAUCUUGGAUUUGAAGAUCCUCUGAGCAACCUGUGCCCAGCUUCAAACACUCUGAAUGAGAUCUUCUUAAUCCACUUUGUCACCUUCUGCCAAGAAAAGGGAGUUGAUGAGUGGCUCACCACCACCAAGAUGUCCAAGCACCAAGCCGUACUGUUUGGGGCAGACUGGAUUUGGACCUUCUGGGGAUCCGAUAAGCAAAUAAGGCUGCAGCUGGCAGUGCAGACCCUGCAGAUGUCUACUCUUCCUCCUGUGGUGUCUAAGCCUUGCGACUUCUCACAUCCAGAACCCGGGCCAGAGGAGCCUUCCAGGAAGAGAAGUAGAUUCGAUAAGCUGGAAGAUUUCUGUAACUUGAUAGGAGAGGAUUGCCUGGGCCUGUUUAUCAUCUUUGGUGUGCCAGGAAAGCCCAAAGACAUCAGAGGAGUUGUCCUGGACAGUGUCAAAAGUGAGACAGUGAGGGGCCAUCUGCCAGGAGCAAAGGCCGUGGCGCAAUUUGUCCGGGAAACUGAAGACUGUGUCUCCAUCAGAGAGCUGCUUGGAAACUGUCUGAGUAAGAAAGAUGGGCUGAGAGAGGUGGGCAAGGUUUAUAUUAGCAUCCUCUGAACUGGAUGUGCACAAUCAGACUGGC